GUCUUCCCACUCUAGAGUUUUUCCCACUAAAUAACACAUCCAAUCCAAAACCCUAGAAACCGAAUCGGUUCAAAAUCAGCAGAAUCAAUGGCGUUGUGUUCUGCCUCAGCCCUAACCCUAACCUUAACCCUAACCGUCACUGUCUAUUUGGUUGGUGGGAAUUCAGAAGGAGACACUCUCUACACACUGCGGCGAAGCUUGUCAGAUCCGGAUAACGUCCUUCAGAGCUGGGAUCCAACCCUCGUUAAUCCUUGCACUUGGUUUCAUGUCACCUGUAACCAGGACAAUCGCGUUACUCGAGUGGACUUGGGUAAUUCAAACCUCUCUGGUCAUCUGGUACCUGAACUUGGGAAGCUCAAGUAUCUGCAGUAUCUGGAGCUUUACAAAAACCACAUUCAAGGAACUAUCCCUGUUGAGCUUGGCAAUUUGAGGAGCCUAAUCAGCUUGGACUUAUAUAGCAACAACAUCUCAGGGACUAUUCCAGCUUCUCUGGGGAAAUUAAAGUCUCUAGUAUUCUUACGGCUUAAUGACAAUCAGUUAACUGGUCAAAUCCCAAGGGAACUUGUUGGUAUAUCAAGCCUCAAAAUUGUUGAUGUUUCAAGCAACAACUUAUGUGGAACAAUUCCAACAACCGGACCAUUUGAGCACAUUCCAUUGAACAAGUAUGCCUUAAUUUAUCUUUCUUCUACUUUAUGAA